AUGUCAGCUUCAACUAAUGCAUUUGCUCAGAUUAAUAACACAGAAAUAGUAGAGAAGAAAGUUGAUAUAGAGACAGCAAUCUCAAGAAUGAGAAGGCCAUUAGACUAAACAACCAUCAACUUGGAAGUUUAUGGCGUAUAUGCCUUGCCUGAGCAGUGGAAAUCUAAAAUUGACGAUCCAAAUGAGUCAUUAUAUACUUACGAGCUUGAAAUAGCUGGAAUUAGCAUUAGAAAUGCUAAGCUUUGCCCCAAGGAACUUUCCGAGGAAGAAAAAGCUGAGAUUGAAGCAGCUAAAAAUACUAAGGGAAAAUAACCUCCUCCAAAAGAUCCUAAAAAGAAGGAUGAGGAGCCAAGUAAAGAAGAAUUAGAUAAAAUUGAAAAGGAGAGGAAGGAAAAAGAAGACAAAGAAAAAAAACUCAAAGAUGAAUGGGAUGCACUAGAUGAAGAUACAAAAUUCUACAGAACCCAUGAGGACAUUUACAAAGAACCAUGCAUUAAGUUCAAUAAUGUAGGAGCGAUAAAGAGAAUUGAAGCUUUGAAUCAAUAAUUAGCACAAGUCCAAGAGGAUGAAGAGUAAAAGAAGGAAAUUCAAGAAGUCAUUAGGGAUCUAACUAACAGAUUGUUUAUAGGUCAUGUGGCCUGCCAAAAGAAUUCUUAUGAAUUGAUAGAAUUCGAAGAAAUGGUUUCAAAAGAUAAAGGUUGCUGGAUAAGAUUUAACAAACUUACCCCACCCGAAGAAGAAAUUCUAGAUCCCAAAGCUGCUGCUGCAAAGAAAGCUCCCCCUAAAGGAGGAAAAGGUACUAGUUCUGAGGACCUCAAACCUCAAUUUGGAAUGGCUUGGGUAAGUUUUGAAGACUUGUUAGUACCAGGAGGUCUUGAAACUAAAUAAAGAGUAUAUCUCCAAACUUGCCCACCUUUGAUAAAGAAAGUUGGCGAUGAUGGUGUAGAAAAAUAUGUACAUGCUGAAGAAUAUGAAAAUGUUUUUGAGCAGCAAAGAACCUACAUUUAUCUAAAAUUAACUUUAACAGAUCCAAUUACCCCUACCAUUCCUGAGUUCCCUGAACCUCAACCUCAUGAAGUCGUACCUGUAAAGUAAUUUAUAAGAUGGCCAUUCAGUAAGGAUCCCACUGAUGAUUUUAAAAAAUAAAUUUCAUUAGCGAUAGAAUCUUUAGCAAAGGAAUACUUUAGUAUGUUUUAAAAUGAACUUUAAACUGAAGCUGCAGGAGGAAAAUCUGAUCAUGAAAUCACAGAGUCAUUCGAGGAGAGAAAGAAGGAAUUUUUAUAUGAAAUUAACACUUCUGGAAAAUAUCAUAUUCUCAAAGAAAAGCUCAAAAAGACCAUUGUUAGAAUAGUCAAAGAAUAUUUCAAGAUGACUGGAUCAAUCAAAGGUCUUAAGAAAGAUGAGAGAGAUCAUUUUUAUUCAACAUUAUACGCAUAUCUUGUUAAUCAGAUGAGGUAAACUGUUCAAUAGCUUGUUGAAAAGAAAAAAAAUGAACUUCACGAGAACAUUACUGUUCCUAAGGAGCUAUAUCAAAAGGAAAAGGACAAUCUUAUUGAGCAAUUCUUAUAAGAAUCCUAAGCAGAUAGAUACAAAAGAUUAAGCGACGAAUAUGAAAAUCUAUAUUGCAAUAUAGCUGAAGCUGAGAACUAUAUGCUAAAGUAUAUUGGACUUUUCGAGGGUGAUCCAGAGAAAAUGCUUGAAAUUGGAAAAUUCUAUUUGAGAAUAGGUAAGCCAGAUAAAGCCAAUGAUUAUUUGAGAGAUGCUUACUCAUUUUAAAUUAAGAAUUAAAACAUCGCAUUAACUUAUGCAAGUUUCUUGAUUUAGUAAACAAGAUCCAAAGAGGCUAUUGUAAUUUUAAAUAGACUAGCUUUGGAAAAAUAUAAUGAAGCCAAAGUUAACCUCUUAUUAUCGUUAGCCUACGAAAUGGACUCUGAUCCAUUAAUGGCUGAAAAAUAUAAAGCUGUGUCAGCUAUUAUUAAAUUGAGAUAAAAUGGGUUGAUUUAAGAGGAAGGUCAGUAAUAUCAAAGCAAACCCUAAUCUCAGCCUCCUUUAAAGAUUCAGCCUGGUCAACAACCACCAGUUCCUCCAGAACCAGAUCAAAACAAUUACUUAGAAAGCAAGCCAGGAUUCAAUGGUCAUAGGCUAUCUCAAUAAGACUUGGAUUAAUUAUAUUUAGAUUUAGCAAGUUAUCUUAAUGAAGUUGGUCUAUUCUCACUUUCCAAAAAGGUCAUAGAUCAAAUCAAACAUGUAGAACCUGACAAUGUACAAACAUUUAUAGCAUACCAUUAACUUUCAGGGCAAGUUAAUCUAUUAAGAAAAUCCUACGACGAAGCAGUUGCAGAUUUCUAAGGAAUUAUAAAUCUCUAACCCUACAAUAUUUAAGCAUUCUGUAGCAUGGGACAUUGCUAUUUCUUUUAGAAAAAUUACGAUGCUGCUGAAUAAGCAUAUCUUAAAGUCUUCAGAUAUUCUGAUUUUACUCAACAGCAGAUAACUGAUGAAUAUAUUUACUCAAGACUGGCAGCACUCUAUGUUGCUUAGGAAAAAUUUAGCUCUGCUAGAGUAUUUGUUUAAGAAGCACUAGAAUAAAAAGAAAAUUCUUAUUCAUUAUUCUAAUGCGCGAUUCUACUAAUUCAUUUUAAUCUUAAUGAUGUUGGCAAUAGUUUAUUGAGCAGAGCUAAUGUAAUGGAUCCUUAAAAUCCAGAUAUUUGGGGCUACAUAGCACUAGUGAGAACAAUAUAAAACAGAAAAAAUUACUGCUUCUAAGCAUUAAAGGAAUCAUUUAAACUUAAGCUCUCUAAUAUGACAAUCCUCAAGAAAAUUCUAUAUGAAUUGAAGAUAAGGGACUACUAUGAACUAUAUCGUGAAACUGCAGAAUUCGCAUUUAGAGCAAGAGCUUUCAAGGAUACUAGUAUUAGGCAUUAAGAGAAAGUUGAAGAGUUCCUUAAGAAUAUCCAAGGCGUAGAGGAACCCGCAAUCAUAACAUAAAAAUAUAGGGAGCUUCUAGUAAAGACUAACUGUCUAAAGGAAGAAGAUGAUGAAUUGUAUCAGCAAUUUAUUGAAACCUAAAAAAGUAAAUAACAAUAUGAUAAGGAAACAAAGAUUUGA